GUCGACGACGCGCGACCGAGCGACCGCGCGACCGCGCGACCGGACGGUCGGACGGUCGGACGGUCGGACCGCGGCGUCGCGGCGUCGCGGCGUCGCGCGCGCGGCGGAUGUCGUCGAACGACGACGGCGCGCGCGACGCGCGCGGCGACGAUGGGAACGCGGCGCGCGACGCGGACGACGCGGGCGGUGACGCGAGCGACGACGGCGGGGAGAGCGCGGCGCCGAUCGACGAUGGAUCGUUCACGCUCAAGUUUUUGAUCUCGCCGAGCGCGGCGGGGAGCGUGAUCGGGAAGGGAGGGGCGACGAUCAACGAGUUUCAGGCGCUCACGGGGGCGCGCAUUCAGUUGUCGAGGAAUCGCGAGGUGUUUCCGGGGACGAAUGAUCGCGUGGUGAUCGUGAGCGGGGAUCUGAGCGCGAUAUUGCAGGUGUUGCACUUGAUCAUCACGAAGCUGGUGGCGGACGGCGAGGGCAUCGAUCGCAUGGGACAGCCUCAGGUGGCGCUGGUGGUGCCCAACAGCUCGUGCGGGUGCAUCAUCGGGAAGGGCGGAUCGAAGAUACGAAGCUUUGUGGAGGAUUCGCAGGCGGACAUUAAGCUGAGUAAUCAAGAUCGGAUGCUUCCCGGGUGUAAUGAUCGCACGCUGACGAUCACUGGAACGAUUGAUUGCGUUUUACGAGCGGUGGCUCUCGUGGCGACGACGCUGUGCGAAGAUCCCGCGUACGCCACCCUCGUGCAUCGACAGAGUACGUACAGCGUGCAAUCGCCGCUUUCGUUGCAAGGUGGUGGAGGCGGACGGAGAAGCGGCGAAUUUAAUCGCGCCACGCCACGACGUUAUGGCGCCGGUCAGGGCGGUGGGAGGGAUGACGAGACUUCCAUCCUCGUCACCAUCCCCGACUCGCUCAUCGGCGCCGUGCUCGGUCGCGGCGGCCGCACCAUUGCCGAGGUUCAAGUCGCGAGCGGGUGCCGCAUCAAAGUCAGUGACCGCGACGACUUCUUCGAAGGCACGCGCAAUCGAAAAGUCGUCAUCUCGGGUAGCGCAGAAGGCGUACAGAUGGCCAACUAUCUGCUCACCCAAAAGCUGAGCGCCAUAACCGCUCAAAUGUCCUUCUCGGGCGAAAAUCCAAUCCUGUGA